AUGCCGCCGAAAGGAGGAAAAGGCGGUGGAAAGAAAGCACCAGCAAUCGUGAUCGAUGGAGUUGAUACUUCAGAAAUGACUAGAGAAAAACUAGAACAAUUUACACUGAGAGUUAAAGAAGAAUUAGACAAAGAGAGAGAGGAGAGGAAUUACUUUCAAUUAGAGAGAGACAAAAUAAGAACUUUCUGGGAGAUAACUCGCCAACAACUUGAAGAAGCUAAAGCAGAAUUAAGAAACAGAGAGAGAGCCACUGAAGAAGCCCAAGAAGAGAAUGAAGCGCUUCUGGAAACAGAAAAACAAAAAAUAAAACAUCUAAAAUACGAGCAGCAGGCUGCUGCAGCUGCCUUGAGAGCAGAAAAUCUGGUUGCUCUGAAAGCAGCCAAAGAAGAACACACUGAACAAGAACUAGAGUUACUCAACGACAAAAGGUCACUACGACAAGAGAUGAGAGAAAAAAUGCUAGCUGCUCAAGAUGAAUUACGAAGAGCGAAACUCGUCCACGCCGAAGAACUCUCGAAAGUAAGAGCAGAAUUUGAAGAAAGAGCUCGACAAAUAGAAGACAAGGCUGGCAAGAAACUACAUGAAACAAAAGUUGAACUGACCGUGAAACACAGAACCGAAGUGGCUGAAGUUGAGGAGAGGAAGAAUAAACAAUUAUCAGAACUAAUAGCACAUCACGAGAGAGCGUUCUCUGAUUUAAAGAACUAUUACAACGACAUCACAUUGAAUAACUUAGGUCUGAUAAGUAGCUUAAAGGCGCAAAUGGAGGAAAUGCAAAAAGUCAAAGAGCGUGCCGAAAAAAUUGCGAGAGACGCUGUCGCUGAAACGAAGACCCUUCGCGAGCCGCUUGAAGCUGCGAUAAUAGAUAAUAAGGAACUAAAACGACAAAUGUCCAACUAUGAUCGAGAUAAAGCUGCUUUAGCUGCUAAAACAAAACAACUAGCAUCACUUGAACAACAGUUUGAAGUUCUGAAAUGGGAGUACGAGGUCCUGCAAGUCAGAUUCGAUCGAAUAAUUGCAGAAAGGGAUGAACUUAAGUCAAGAUUUACAAAGGCUGUGCUAGAAGUUCAGCAAAGGGCUGCAUUAAAAACAGCCCUUUUGGAAGCUAAACUGAAAAAUAUGGAAGGAAGGGACUUGGGUCCACGAGAAAUGCAUGAUUUAUUGAAACUGAAAGACACGCAAGUUGAAGAUUUGCGUUAUGAAGCAGCAAGGCUACGAAAAGCCCAUGACGACCUUCUAGCCACAUAUGAGGCGAAACUAGCUAAAUUGGGUGUCCCUGCCGAAGAACUUGGAUUUAAACCUCUUAAGGCUGUAGCGGUAGCUGGUCUUUCACCUGUUCUUGGACAAGGUCCAGCUGGUCUCGUCGUCAAAGAACUUAUAUAA